CUGAAAGCCGGCGUCAAGGUGCCGGUCAGCCUGACGGUGAAGCAGGAGCGGUACGCCACCCGCUCGGUGGGCAUUGCCCGUGCCGUCUUCAACCUGAUGGUCGCCACCCACCGGUCGGCCCGUGCCCAGUUCCACGGACUCUGGCCCAGCCCCAUGGAACUGGAGAAGACCUUCAACGAGAUGAAGCACGAGCCCGAGUUCGGGAUGGAGUACGCCACCGAGGUCAGCAAGUUCGUCGCCCAGGGAGCCUGCCGCGAUUUCAGGCGGGCCCAUGAGAACUGGCGCAACCCCGAACUGCGGGCCGCCGUGCCCAGCUUCAGGAAGAAGAACCUCCAGGGUACCGGCUCGUUCCUGGCCGCCUCCGGCGUGGACCGCGUCAAGUACGAUGGGCACCGCCGUAUCGGGCUGCCCUAUCUGGGCUCGGUGAAACUCAACCGAGAGCUUCCGGAGGGCAUCGCGUAUGAGGUGCGGAUCAGGAAGGAGAACGGAGUUUGGUGGGCCAGCGUUAAUUACUGGAAGCCGCCCGUCGACGCCGAGGAGAAAACCCACCUCUGCGGCGCUGUCGAUGUCGGGAUAACACCGCUGGCCGUGGACAGCCAACUGGUCCACUACGAGAAUCCCAAAGCGUUGUACCAGAUGCUGAGAAAACUCCGCCGGUGGCAGCGAGCACUGGAACGUCGCACCGUGGGUUCCCGAGGCUGGCACGAGGCGCAACGGCGGGUCGCUGCCAUUCACCGACGCAGCAUCGGACUGCGGGAGAACGCGCACCACGAGGUGAGCCGCCUGCUGGUCAGGAAGUACGCCGUGCUGGCCAUCGAGAGUCUGAACGUGGCGGGCAUGGACCAGCUCCCCCAUCAGGCAAAGGCCAUCCGCGACGCGGCCAUCGGCGGAUUGCUGCAGAAGAUCCGUUACAAGGCAGACUGGUACGGCACCGUCGUAGUGGAAGCGGACCGGUUCUAUCCGUCGAGCAAGCUGUGCUCCGACUGCGGCGCCCACAACGCCGCGUUGGGUCGGGAACCAUACUGGACCUGCUCAGACUGCGGCGUGCGACACGACCGCAACGAAAAUGCCGCGCUCAAUCUGCUAACACUGGCAAUCAACGCAGCUCGCGACCUGCCUAAACUCGCGCCAGGGCCGGUUGGGCCCGAUGUAACGCUCCCGGACGGGAAGGCUCUGGCCAAUGGCAGUAAUGCCUGCGGUGAAACCGGCCCGGGUGAAGGGAGAACUGCCUUGUCGACGCUGGCAUCGCCAGCGGUAGACGGUGGGGCUGCCCCCUGUGGUGGCAGCCGAGCGGAAGUGGUUAUCAACACCCAGUUACAGCUGGCUAUUUGA